AUGGAGGCAGGCUCUGAGGCUGCAGGCAGAGAGGAGGCAGGCUCUGAGGCUGCAGGCUCUGAGGCUGUAGGCAGAGAGGAGGCAGGCUCUGAGGCUGCAGGCAGAGAGGAGGCAGGCUCUGAGGCUGUAGGCAGAGAGGAGGCAGGCUCUGAGGCUGCAGGCAGAGAGGAGGCAGGCUCUGAGGCUGCAGGCUCUGAGGCUGUAGGCAGAGAGGAGGCAGGCAGAGAGGAGGCAGGCUCUGAGGCUGUAGGCAGAGAGGAGGCAGGCUCUGAGGCUGCAGGCAGAGAGGAGGCAGGCUCUGAGGCUGCAGGCAGAGAGGAGGCAGGCUCUGAGGCUGCAGGCAGAGAGGAGGCAGGCUCCGAGGCUGCAGGCAGAGAGGAGGCAGGCUCUGAGGCUGCAGGCUCUGAGGCUGUAGGCAGAGAGGAGGCAGGCUCUGAGGCUGCAGGCUCUGAGGCUGUAGGCAGAGAGGAGGCAGGCUCUGAGGCUGCAGGCAGAGAGGAGGCAGGCUCUGAGGCUGCAGGCAGAGAGGAGGCAGGCUCUGAGGCUGCAGGCAGAGAGGAGGCAGGCUCCGAGGCUGCAGGCAGAGAGGAGGCAGGCUCAGAGGCUGCAGGCAGAAUGGAGGCAGGCUCUGAGGCUGCAGGCAGAGAGGAGGCAGGCUCUGAGGCUGCAGGCUCUGAGGCUGUAGGCAGAGAGGAGGCAGGCUAUGAGGCUGUAGGCAGAGAGGAGGCAGGCUCUGAGGCUGUAGGCAGAGAGGAGGCAGGCUCUGAGGCUGCAGGCAGAGAGGAGGCAGGCUCUGAGUCUGUAGGCAGAGAGGAGGCAGGCUCUGAGGCUGCAGGCAGAGAGGAGGCAGGCUCUGAGGCUGCAGGCAGAGAGGAGGCAGGCUCCGAGGCUGCAGGCAGAGAGGAGGCAGGCUCAGAGGCUGCAGGCAGAAUGGAGGCAGGCUCUGAGGCUGCAGGCAGAGAGGAGGCAGGCUCUGAGGCUGCAGGCUCUGAGGCUGUAGGCAGAGAGGAGGCAGGCUAUGAGGCUGUAGGCAGAGAGGAGGCAGGCUCUGAGGCUGUAGGCAGAGAGGAGGCAGGCUCUGAGGCUGCAGGCAGAGAGGAGGCAGGCUCUGAGUCUGUAGGCAGAGAGGAGGCAGGCUCUGAGGCUGCAGGCAGAGAGGAGGCAGGCUCUGAGGCUGCAGGCAGAGAGGAGGCAGGCUCUGAGCAUGCAGGCAGAGAGGAAGCAGGCAGGGAAGAGGCAGGCUCUGAGGCUCCAGGCAGAGAGGAGGCAGGCUCUGAGGCUGUAGGCAGAGAGGAUGCAGGCUCUGAGGCUCCAGGCAGGGAGGAGGCAGGCUCUGAGGCUCCAGGCAGAGAGGAGGCAGGCUCUGAGGCUCCAGGCAGAGAGGAGGCAGGCUCUGAGGAUGCAGGCAGGGAAGAGGCAGGCAGGGAGGAGGCAGGCACCGAGGCUGCAGGCAGAAAGGAGGCAGGCAGGGAGGAUGCUGGCUGGGUAAUGGUAUGGGACUGGAAUAAGACAAUAAGUAGGGUGAUGGGCAAAUGA